ACCACCACGUCUACGUCACAAUGCAGCUGGUGUGAUGAUUCGCGGCAUGAUCACGCCAGGGACUUCUUCGACCACACCACAGGCGUACCUUUGUAAAUAGCCUGGCUUUUCCUACAACCUAAUACUAGUAUCCAUGGCACAGAAUUCGAAGAAGAUGGCCUCUACCAAACAGGGAGAGAAGCCAACAGCCCCGGGCCGUACCACCAUGACCUCCAGUGCAGGGGUGUCCAUGCUGUGGGAGGCGCCACACGUCCUGGCAGACAGGCUGGACCUCGAUCACAACAUCGCCGCUAACGUGAUAGAACUGCUGGACGAGGGCUGCACGGUGCCGUUCAUCGCACGAUAUCGUAAGGAGAAAACGGGAAACAUGGAGGCUGAGAGACUCAGGGAGGUGCAAUCUGCAUACGAGGAGCUCAAAGGAGUGCAGUCAAAGGCAGGUACGGUGGUGAAGCAGGUGGAGAAGCAAGGGAAGAUGACAGAUGGACUACUGGCUGCCAUCAGGAGAUCCAUAACUAUAGAGGAGCUGGACCACCUGUAUGCCCCGUACAAAGUUGGUAGUAAAGCGACUCUCGCUGAGAGGGCGAGACAGCUGGGGUUAGAACCAGCAGCAGUGGGACUGUUGUCACAACCACACUCCUACAGGCCUCAGCAGCUGGUCAAACCAGGGGAGGAAGGUCUCCAGUCUCCAGAGGAAGUAGACAGAGGUGUUCAGCACAUCAUAGCAGACAUGGUUUCCAAGGACAAGGAGACUAUGGACACUAUCAGGGCUAUGUGCAAGGCCGGGCGUGUCACUCUGGAAUCUACCAAGUCUAAAAGUACUGCCAAGAAGGAGAAGGAAGAGGAGAACACUACCCACAAGUUUGAGCAGUACUACACCUUCUCCUGUCCUCUCAAGUUCAUCAAACCUCACCAGGUGCUGGCCAUCAACCGAGGUGAGAGUCAGAAGAUCCUGUCAGUGAAGAUAAACAUUCCAGAUGAUGUCAAGACGAGGUUCCUGACCUUCUGUGAGCGGCGAUGGGUACCACAGAACGCUCCACCGCACGCGGCGGGGGUGAUCAAGAAGGCUGUGGAAGAUGCCUACAGUAGACUGAUCCAGCCUCUCAUGAUCAGACACUACAGAGCUGACCUGACUAAGACAGCGGAGAAGCAGUCUGCUGCAGUGUUCUCCCACAACCUGCAGCGUCUGCUGCUGCAGCCUCCGGUCAGAGGUCGGGUGGUGCUGGGGGUGGACCCGGGGUACAGGCACGGCUGCAAGCUGGCUGUCACAUCACCGACAGGACAGAUCCUGCACUCAGAUGUUGUUUAUCUCCAUGACAACAGGGCUUCCCGGGAAGCCGGCAGGAUUAAGAGAAUUCUGGAGAUUCACAGAUGUCAGACAGUUGCCAUUGGCAAUGGGACGGCCUGCCGAGAGACGGAGGCCUUCUUCUCCCAGCACAUCCAGCAGGGCACAUUCCGGCCACUGGACGUCGUCUACUGUAUAGUAAACGAGAGUGGAGCAUCCAUCUACAGUGUCUCUGAUGAGGCUAAGAAAGAGAUGCCAGACCUGGACCCAAACCUUAGGAGUGCAGUGUCCAUUGCCAGAAGACUACAGGACCCUCUGGUGGAACUGGUGAAGAUUGAACCUAAAAACAUUGGAGUUGGCAUGUAUCAGCAUGACAUAUCAGAGUCCAUGCUGAAGUCAGCGCUGGAUGGUGUUGUGGAGGAGUGCGUCAGUUUUGUGGGGGUCGACAUAAACGUCUGCUCAGAAACCUUACUCAGACGUCUUGCGGGGCUGAACGCCGGCAAGGCCAAGAAGCUGGUGGAGUGGCGAGACGCCAACGGUUCCUUCAUCAACAGGGAGCAGCUGAGGAGUGUGAAGGGGCUCGGUCCCAAGACGUUCGAGCAGUGUGCCGGUUUCAUCCGGAUCAACCCUAUCAGUAUCAACAGCUCAGCCAAGUCCACUACAGAGGAGGAGCAGUCCACCAACACUGCACCAGGCAAGAAGAGGAAAGCAGCAGCUGAGCCAAAGAGGAAAACAAAGAAGGCAAAAACAGAAGCAAACUUGACCCUGAACCCCCUGGACAUGACCUGUAUCCACCCUGAGUCUUACUCCAUAGCUCUGCAGUUUUUGAACAGGGUUGGUGGCAGCCUAGAUGAGCUGGGACAACAGAACAUGAGGAAUAAAGUCCAGGCAGCUCUGGUGAAAAAUAAUGUAGAGAGACUGGCUGCUGAGCUGAACUGUGGAACACCGACCAUGCAGCUCAUCAUCGAUGGGUUACAACAGCCACUGGACUAUGAUAUACGAGCAGAAUUUGAGAAGCCCCUGUUCAAGAAAGGCCUGGUGUCCAUGAACGACCUGAAGGCCGGAACCACCCUAACGGGACGGGUCACCAACCUCACGGACUUCGGCGCUUUCGUGGACAUCGGGGUCGGGAAGGACGGGCUGAUCCACAGGAGCAAGAUCCGCCCGGACAGACUGAAGGGGAAGAAGAGCCUGGGGCCCGGGGACAAGGUGGAGGUGAAGGUGUUGAACGUGGAGCCAUCCCGGGGUAGAAUCGGACUGGAGCUGCUCACACUCAUCAGCUAGAGGGCGCUGUGACUUCACACUCAUCAGCUAGAGGGCGCUGUGACUUCACACUCAUCAGCUAGAGGGCGCUGUGACUUCACACUCAUCAGCUAGAGGGCGCUGUGAACUCUAAUGUGUGCUUCAGCAACUCUUUCAGACUGGAUACUACUACAGUAGAAGUGGUAGCCUGUGUCUAGUGUUUAAUGGUUUGGGCAAGCUCUCUUCAGAGCUGCAGGAGCUCUCUGUUGCCCGACUCAACUAGGCACCUGUAGAGUUUUACACAGCAAGAUUUGGAAAAACAAAUUAAACUUUUCAAAACAACCGUAGGAGUUGGGACAGGUGGCAGAGAACUCCUGCAGCCCCAGAGACAGCCUGCCUAAACCUGAUACACUGGACACCAGGUUAUAGAAGUGGUGAACACUCUAAGCAACCAACAGUUCUGGUUAUAGCUUUCUUAUAGUUCUAUACAGCGUUUAAGAGACACACAAGGAUCACAUGUUGCAAUGUUUGACCUAAAAUAAAAGCAUUUAUUUCUUCAGUUAUAUUCUAACAUUAAAUUUUUACGUACACUGAUCAUGAGUCCUAAACUCCUUGAUUUAGACCACUUUGA